AUGGGUUCAUGUAUCAGUAAUAAUUCAGAACAGCUUCGAUCGUCUUCGUCAGCACCGGUUUAUCCGAUUGAAAAUCAAGUAUUUCAGAGAGUAUUGGCAACGAUUCCCAAUCAAUUUCGACAAGAAAUCGCCAAUUUACCUGCACGAGAAUUUUUGGAUGCAUAUGAGUAUCACGCGAUAGCCGUGCUCAAUUAUCAACGAAAAGACUACGAUCUUGCCCGUCUCAUUGAAACAUUAGCGAUCAGUAAGUUGGAAAUCCUCUUGCCGCAAAAUAAAGAUCAUUGGAUCUUUAUGGAACUGUAUAAAAUCUUGGCAACAUGUGCUAUACUGAGUGCGCACGUUCCAACAGCCAUUCAUGCACAUCAAUCAGUUUUACAUAUACUAAUGAAAUAUACACCUACUGAUUACGUAGUUAUUGCUGAAGAAUAUUACAAGUUAUCUAUCAUAUACAAAGUUUUUAAAGAUUAUAGAGGCUCUAUAGACUAUUUAACGAGAGCGAUAGAAUCAGCCCAAUCAAGUGAACAAGCAGAUGCAGAAUGGAUUCGUACAAUGGAAGCGAAGCGGCAGGCGUUGAUACAAAAAGAUGCUUCGAAUGGUGCAAUUCGAGCAAAUCAAGCAGUUUAUUGA